AUAUCAUAAAUUACCAUUCCUUGACUCCUUCAUUGGCUCCUCGUCAUUAAAUUACCAAUAAAUCAACAUUCAAUAUUCCCUUCCCUAAAAUAACAAGUCUUACAUGCACGCGCGCCAACAUCCCAUUAAAUCAUUCCCCCAUCUCCUCCUCUCUAGACUUCCCUCUAUAUAACUCCUCCCUGUAGCCCCUGCAGCCUCACCAGUGUACGCCAUCUCCCAUUCUCUCAUCCUUCAUUCCUACUCUUUCCCACUAACUAGCAGUAGUCAUUCUAUUCCAUCAAGGCGUGCUCCAUUUCUAGCUUUCAUUACUAAUCAAGUACUCAUCUAUUACUAUGUCCCCUUCUCAGUCUCAACAGCAGCAGCAGCAUCAUAAACAUAAUCACUGCUAGUUUUUCUUCCACUACUCAGCUUUUUCUUUUUCGACAACGAUCCCAAACCAGACAUACUCAUUUCAAUACCCUCUACUUUCUUCUAUAUAUUCUCAAUGGAUUAUACAAGAAAAUCUUACUUCUUACAACAAGAACAAGAAACAUAUCAUUUUCAUCAUCGAGAAAAGAAACAUUCCAAUAAUCUUCAUCAUCAACUUCCGCAUCUGAAUACUUCAUUUUCUUCGUCUUUACUCGACGAAAUCUACAAGUCGUUCGACGAAGCAACAAGCUAUAAUCCGUCGUCGUGUUUCGAAGAAACAAAAACAAUUACCAUGAAGAAGAAGAUGAUGACACAGAGCUGUAUUGCUGCUCCGAUUACAAGCAGCAGAACUAGUAGUAGUAUUAACAAGCAACAUUCUUCUGUUAAAGGGGGGAGUAAUAGAGAUCAUCAUCAACAGAGAGAUUUUGUAGCAGUGAAAGAAGAAUCAGGGAGAACGAAACAGAGGAACAUUGUUGAUAAACGGGUUCUUGAAAAGAAGAAGAAGAAGAAGACGAAGACGAAAGGUAAUGAUCAAAAAGUAAUUGUUGAUUCAAAUAAUAAGAUUAAUUUGAGAAAGAAAACGGUACCAUCGGUUCCGGUGGAUGCGACUCAUCGGUAUUUACAUUCUACUUCGAGUUCUUCAGAUUCUAGUUCCGGUGGUGGGUUUUCUUCGUCUGAGACUGAAUCAGUUUAUGGAUCAACCAAAUCUUCUAAUACUGGUUCAUUUUUUGUGAAACCAAUUAGAACCAGAGGUAGUAGCACAGUUCAUCAUUCAGAGAAAAGUGAUCAAAUUCCUCGAAACCACGAAUCGAAAUCGAAGAUGGAGGACAACGAAAGCCGAAGCGGUGGUGGAAAUGGGAAAGCAAAAUCGAGAGCAAUGAAGAUUUACAACGAUUUGAUCAAAGUAAAACAACCUAUUUCGCCCGGUGGAAAAAUCUCCAGUUUUCUUAACUCUCUGUUUACACCAAAAAAAUCAUCGAAUGAUUUUCCGGUAACAACAGCACCACCGGUCACGGCGGCCACACCGACAUGUUCAUCGGCUUCAUCGUAUUCAAGAUCAUGUUUAAGUAAAACUCCUUCUCUAAGCAAUAACGGAAAUCUGAAACAGAGAUCUGUUAGAUUUUAUCCAGUUAACAUCAUUCUUGACGAUUCUUCAAAACCUAAACAAUAUAAUCAACAGCAACAUCGUAGCAGUAAUCGUAUUGGAAGCGAAGAAGAAUUCAAGAACAAGAUUAGUGAAAUUAAGAAGAAUAAUCAGCAAAGGUUCUUAGUUGAAGAAGUAAUUGACAUUGAUAAAUUGCUAAUGGCAAAUUAUCAAAGGAAAGAUGAGAAGAAUCUGAAAGUUGAAGAGGAUGAUGAUGAAGAUGAUAGAGCUAGCUAUGCAAGUUCAGAUUUGUUCGAACUUGAUAAUUUAUCAACAAUUGGAUUGGAGAUUAAUGCUGCUAGGUUUAGUGAAGAACUUCCUGUGUAUGAAACUACUCAUUUCGAAACUAAUCGUGCCAUUGCUAAUGGUUUUAGAGUGUAAUUCCUUUUUUAACCUUUAAUUUUCAUUAACUCAAA